AUGGGAAAGACUUACGAGGAACGACUCAACGCAAAACCAGUAACCGCUCCCCCGGCAAUUCGGACUUUCAAAACCCCGCGCCCGCAGGCUCCAUCAAAAUCUUCUACUGAUGUCGCCGAUAUACCCAAUUCAGACAGAGUAACCGAAGUAGAUGGAGAUGAUGAGAAGGAUAUCGAGGCUGUACCCUCCUCUACCGCCAUUACCGGGCCCGAUAGUGCAAUCACCUGGGUCCAACGAGCUCUCGCAGAUCCACUUGUGCAAGAUCUCAAUCCACACUCGCGAUAUUAUCUGGACCACUUCGCGACCCAGAUAUGUGCAGACAUGGUUGUGUAUGAUGGUCCCGGCCAGAAUCCUUUCCGGGACCUAAUUCCUGCAACAUCUGCGUAUCCAUUACUGCUUCAGAUCGUGCUAGCUAAUGGGGCUCUGCACGUGUUCAACAUCACCAGAGAGCCAAGUGACGUCUUCACAGAUCAUCAUAGGCAGAAGAGCUUAUGUCUCGCAGCGUACUACAAAGCAGUGAGCCCCUUUGGUGGGCCUUUGAAAUCAUCUUACCGAGACGCGCUGGUCGCGAAAUCGAAUGCACUUGCCUUACUCGCCCAAUCAAUAGGAGACGUCAACAAUUCCAAUGUCGACAUUCUCCUCGCUACGAUUCUAUUCUUCGUCAAUUAUGCCCUCAUUGAGUCUGGACAGGACCAAUGGAAAGUACACAUGGAAGGAGCAAGACGAUUGAUCGAAUUGUGUGGAACACCACCGUUUCGCCCAAAUGAGAUGAGUAGACUACGAACAUGUCUAAUAUCUGACUUUCUUGUCUUUUAUAUUCUCGGCUCUCUGUUUUAUUAUACCACCACCCCUAAAUUAAUACCUGACACAAUACCAUUGGAGAACAUCUUAUCCUGGGCCGAAACAAACAAUUACCUUUCGUGUCCAGCCCCGCUGCUGAGAAUCAUGCUGCAGUCCUUUGAGCUUCCCGACAAGCGCACGUCGACAAUCGAGCCGGUCACCCCAGAGAUGCACAACAGAGUCAAGGAGCUACUUGAGGCAGCAUUGGCAUUCGAUCCUGUACAGUGGACGCACGAUUACCUGCCCGUGUCGCCCUUCGAGGAACCCGAGAAAAGGGCGCGCAUAGCAUCAGCGCAUCGGUCUGCAGUGUGCAUCUACCUCGCCCGUACAUUGCCCUACAGCAACCCGCUCAUCAACCCGGCGGGCGGUGAAGCCAUAGUGAAUUUGCCUGAUCUGGCCAAUGACAUUAUCUAUCACAUAUCGCAUCUGCAACCGGGCGACAGUGUGUUCAAGUCGAUAAGCUGGCCGCUGUUCCUAGCCGGUGCGGAGUUGGAGACACAAACACAGAGAACAUGGGUGUUGGACAUCCUCGAUAAUUUCUACAGCGUCAUGUAUUGGGGUUACAUCCCGUCAGUGAGAAAAAUUCUGGAAACGAUCUGGGAUUGUAGGGAUCGAACCAAAGGCGGUGUAGAGAGCUGUUGGAUGGACGAGGUUCAACAACUUGGGUUCGAUUUAUUAAUCGCGUGA